UUAUAUUUUAUUAUAUUUUUAUAAAUAAAUUGGCUGACUCGGCAGCUUCCUGACGUGGCAGCUGCUCAUAUGUCUGCCCGCUGCCGCAUCAUCGGAUUGACGGUGUCAAAAUCAGCAAUCUUCGAAAAUAAAAGAGAACGAAGUAGCAAGAAGCAGCCAUUCGAAGAAGCAGCGGUCAAGUAACUCUCCGGGCUAAAGAAAAGAAGAAAAGAGUGAAGACGUGAGAGAGUCGUUGUGGUGUAAGUGAUCAGAGAGAGAGAGAGAGAAGGGAAAUGGGGUGGAUAGGUGAGACGAUGGACUCUAUCAAAUCCCUUCAGAUCCGCCAGGUCCUUACCCAGGCGAUCAGUCUUGGCAUGAUGGUUACUUCUGCUUUAAUAAUUUGGAAGGCAUUGAUGUGUAUCACUGGCAGUGAGUCCCCUGUUGUUGUUGUAAUUUCUAAAAGCAUGGAACCUGGCUUCAAGAGGGGAGACAUCUUGUUCUUACACAUGAGCAAAGAUCCUAUUCGUGCAGGGGAGAUUGUUGUUUUCAAUGUUGAUGGUCGCAACAUUCCAAUUGUCCAUCGUGUAAUUAAGGUCCAUGAAAGGCAAGAUACUGGCGAGGUUGAUGUCCUUACAAAAGGAGAUAAUAAUGAUGAUGACGACAGGGUUUUGUAUGCUCAUCGCCAGCUCUGGCUUCAACAGCACCAUAUAAUGGGCAGAGCUGUAGGGUUCCUACCUUAUGUUGGCUGGGCGACGAUUAUCAUGACUGAAAAGCCAAUUAUCAAGUAUAUUCUUAUUGGUGCAGUGGGGUUGCUCAUUACAACAUCCAAAGAUUGAAGAAUGAAGCAAUUUCAAGUCGUGGUUGAUCUCCAAUCAAAACUGUUUAGCGGCUGCUAUCCUCUUCAUGAAUGUCCCUUGUAUGUUGGAUGAGUUGUAAUUAAUGAUAAAGUAAACCAGAAUAGUUGUUAAGAGCGAGUGUUUUGCCCUUUCUCUCAAAUCUUUACCCAAAACGUUGCACUCGGGAUAAUCUGUUUAUGGAGGCAGGAUAAGGAUACAAUACCUUUGCUACUUUGAAGGGAUAGGUACUGAAGAAAGCCUUAUGGAAAUGACAAUUUAGGAAAAUUAUUUGUAAAUCUCGAACCAUAGUACUUUUAUUCAUUCUAUCAAAAAGUGUUAUGCCAUUAAACUUGCGUCUAUAAACACUACUUUUUAUCGACACACGACAUAAUCUGAAAUCUCUGGAACUACUUAAUUACUCAACAAUUUAGGUGGAGAAAGAGCAAGGAUGAGAAUGAAAAAUCAAAUUGGGUUGAGUUUACACGAGGAAAUGAGGUUGAUAGGUGAGAGAAAAGGGGCAUCCAGACUUCGUCGCUAGCGGUUCCAACCUCUUUCCAUCCCACCAAAUGUUAAAGAGACUAUUACUAAAGGUCAAAUAAGCUUUGGGUGUCUGCGUGAGCAUUCUCUCGACAACAGAACAGCAUCGCAGAAACAGCCCCCAACUCUCUCAUG